AUAGAUUUUAUUUUCGUUUGGCACUCGGGUGUGGUGGUUGUGUUGUUAGGCAAGUUUGGCAGUGGAAUGAAAAUUUUUAAACUAGAUUUAAUUGCAAAUUUUGAGUUAAACAUUUUGUUAAAUACCAGUGUUCUUAAAGCUUAGAUACCAGAAAAGUUAUUUUCAAUAAAAAAUAGUUACACUGUCACGGUUAUCGAUGAGUUUUCUAAACAAUGUUCUGCAAUAAUUUCGACAUGAUCGUAUACCAGACUGCAGAGAUUAAUAUACAAAAAUAAUUGCAUGUGUGAUAAAGUGAUGAUCGUUCACCAACGAAAAAUAGUGGUGCUGCUGACCGAUACAGACGCUGAUCUAUCGGAUAACUACCAAUCACCAUCCGCGUCAAUGUAGUUUGUUCCGAAUUGUUUAAAUUCUAGGACGUGAUCGGCAAGUUGAUCCAACGGAACUUCUGUCAACCAAUAUCGAGCCUGGCUUAGACAUCAACUCCUGCAGCAGUGAAGCUCCCAAAGAUGGAGGAGAACGUCAUCAGUAUGUUUAUGGAUGUGAAAUUGGAUAUUCGCGAGCGGAAGCUGGAGUUCUCGCACCUCAAGUCCUGGACACGCUAUUUCGUACGCGUUGAAGCCGUCAAAUGCUUUCCCUGUUACGUGAAAAUAUCGUUCUUCAAAUCGCAUACCGAUGAUAGCACCGAUCUAAUCGUGCGCAUCAAUAUUCCCGGUCUGACCGUCCAAAUGGCCACCUCACGUACUCGAGCACAUUCAUACGGACUAUUUUGGAAGCACAAUCGCAAACGAUGUUGCGCGUACUUUGCCCUGCCGUCGCAGUUAUUGUGCGAACGUCACCUGCGGUGGAUGAAAAAAUCGAUCCGGAAUCUAGAACUGUACCGACAGGAGAUCCUUCAGCUGCGGCGAGCCAGUCGAACGCCGGUCCACGAAAUCCGCAACGAUAUGCAACCGAGUCCUUCGAACGACGACCUUGGGAUGUAUCAGAAUCUCGAUUUCACGCAAAAUAUGGCCGAUGUGUACGAUAUGCUGGGACCGCUGCCCAACGUUCCGGACCAGUCUGACCGGAGCAUGGUACGGAGAAUAUCUGGAACCUCGGGCAUAUAUGAGGAAAUUUUCGAACCCAACAGGCAAAACGCGGCGGUGUUUGCCAAUGGCUCUCGCAUUUCUCGCGCUUCGAUCGCUUCCGGUAUCUACGAGGAAAUGAAACUUGCCGAUAUUAAGGAACAUGCUGAAAGAAGUUGUGCUGAAACCGAAGCAAUUGCUGAUAAUGUACCACCUCCUCCACUGCCUCCUCGACCCCGCUCACACACAAACGAAUUUGAACUUCAACGAUCGUUCACCACACCGGAGGCCGAUUUUUUGAAAAAGAAAAAGCACUGGCACCUCUUUGAAUCCAUGUUUAACCGACGAAGAGCGAAUAGUGGGUCAGCAAGUAUCGGCAUUGACCCGAAGCCACUUAAAGCGGACCACAGUAGUACCAAGAAGGCGAUAACUCAGGAAAUGACCCAAAAAGUAGUGUACCGGGAUAAGGUAGCACAUCUGCGGUUUGCAGAGAACAAAAGAAACAGCUUCUCCAGUCCCGACCUUAGCCUAUUGAAAGUCGACGGAGGAUCAACAGACAAUAUAUCCAAUGGAGGGUCAUGUAGUUCAGAGUUUUACGUUCAACACGAGGGUGACUUCAUCGAAGAAGAUUGUUUCCUGUCAUCAGAAAUGUUGAAUGUCUCAAAAUGUCCGUCCAUUGAGGAGUCUAUGACAAAAAUGGCACUAGUCGAUGAGAAGGAUGAUAGACAGGGAAUGAAUGUUUCUGAAAACAUCGUACCUAAUUUCAACAUAUCACGUAACACAUCAACGGUAAACCUGGCCGGUUGGACAUGCAUGAUACCAGUGACAGAAAAUGUGCCUGUUCCAUCACCAAUUCCGGAAGGGUAUUGUGAAAUGGGAGCACCAGGAACAGGAUUUGAUCGCCAAAAAUUGCAGAAUGUAGAAUUGCGCACUAGAAGUACGAGUGAGACCUGUAAUGAAGAAUCCAUCUAUAUGAAUAUGGAAGGUAAGGGCGUUGUGAAUGAAGAGGCAAGUCGUUCCAGUUCAACCUCAAGUGGAGUCAGUAGUAUUUACAGCAACAGAAGCAGUAUUUGUAGCACGAACAGGAAUCGUAAUUCCAUUGAUGACAAAAUUGCUUCAUACUAUCCUAACGAAGACUUUCGAUCACCGAAAAAGACAGAACAAGAAAUGCAAACCACCGUAACAACCAAAAUUAGUAAGGAGAUCGUUAGGAGAUCCAGCUCAAAACGCUCGGAAUCCCAUUAUUCGACGUCACCUAGAAGUCCCCACCGGAAAGGUUCUCCUCAAAACAUAUCGACUUUACCUCGAAUGAGUAAGUCACCUCAAAAGCCACCCUGCCAUAAAUCUAGAAUAACCACCAGAAGCAUCAGCUCGGAACGAAGUUCAUCGUCCUAUCCUGUAAUCACAAUAACCGAUGCCGCUUCUACAAAGAACAGUGAAAACAAUCCUCCGGAGACUUCUCCGACUCCGAAGUUAUUCAAAAAAUACGCUACAAUUGCACGAGGAACUUCAACAUCGCCCAGCAAGUACCAAGAGAAAAUUUCGGCCAGAAAAGGAGCUGAUCCUCUGCCGGUGGGAAACACAAAGCGAUUUGGCUCUCUGCCAAGAUUCGCCAAAAUCGAUUUGUCGCCGUUGCGAAUGAAGAUUAACAGUGUGUUGCAGCGUCAUAAUCCAGAAAAUUUGUGAGCAUCUCUCCAGAGUUACAUGUCACGAUGAUCUCAUCCACUUCAAACCACCGGCGACUACGCGGCGCAUCAAUGUUAACUGUUAUAGUCAAUUUAAUAUGCUGCAAUAUCUAAAAGCCUUCAAAAGUGAAUUUAUUGCUCAACGGAUUAAGCUUAGCUUUAGCUGCUUCAAAAACUACUUCACGAAAGUAUGUUCGGCUUCCAAAUUUAACGAAAUAAGUUAGCUUAAACUAGCAGUUAGUUUGAAAUUGUUUAGAUGUGGUCCAAUUUAAACGUAUGUUUGAAGCUUAGCUUACUGCACAUUAUAUAUCUUUUAUGUUGAGCUAUUAGCAAAUUGUCCAUUUUUAGACGUGAAAGCACGAGUGAACCACAUUGCACAAAAUAAAAAAAAAACGAAAACAAAUUCUGUGAUCUGAGAAAAAGCGGUACAAUUUAUCCCUUGUCCCUAUCAUACAAAAACCGAUAAAGGAAAUAAAAAAACAAUAAUUGCACAGAAAUCACACAAUUUUAGAUAGGUUUAUUGAUAGCGGUUAAUACACUAAACCAGUAACUUAUUGCAUAUCGAAAAAAAAAAUACAUUACCUGCUAAUGCCUAACAAGAUCUGCUUGAGAGAUGGACGUGCUAUUGCUUUUGUCAGUGAUUUUACUGAAGCUAUCUAUUGUGUUUGGAAAAUACUGCGGCAUGUACAAAAAUACAUUUGAAAAACGAAAAAA